CUCGGGGGGCGCGCGGCUGCAGCGGCGGCGGCGCCGCGCGUGAGGGGCCUCCUCAGGCCGAGCGGGCGCGGCGAGCGGCCGGGCUAGCGCAGCCAACAUGUCGGAUACCAAGGUAAAAGUUGCCGUCCGGGUCCGGCCCAUGAACCGACGAGAACUGGAACUGAACACCAAGUGCGUGGUGGAGAUGGAAGGGAAUCAAACGGUCCUGCACCCUCCUCCUGCUAACACCAAACAGGGAGAAAGGAAACCUCCCAAGGUAUUUGCCUUUGAUUAUUGCUUUUGGUCCAUGGAUGAAUCUAACACUACAAAAUAUGCUGGUCAAGAAGUGGUUUUCAAGUGCCUUGGGGAAGGAAUUCUUGAAAAAGCCUUUCAGGGGUAUAAUGCGUGUAUUUUUGCAUAUGGACAGACAGGUUCAGGAAAAUCCUUUUCCAUGAUGGGCCAUGCUGAGCAGCUGGGCCUUAUUCCAAGGCUCUGCUGUGCUUUAUUUAAAAGGAUCUCUUUGGAGCAAAAUGAGUCACAGACCUUUAAAGUCGAAGUGUCCUAUAUGGAAAUUUAUAAUGAGAAAGUUCGGGAUCUUUUAGACCCCAAAGGGAGUAGACAGUCUCUUAAAGUUCGAGAACAUAAAGUUUUGGGACCAUAUGUAGAUGGUUUAUCUCAACUAGCUGUCACUAGUUUUGAGGAUAUUGAGUCAUUGAUGUCUGAGGGAAAUAAGUCUCGAACGGUAGCUGCUACCAACAUGAACGAAGAAAGCAGCCGCUCCCAUGCUGUGUUCAACAUCAUAAUCACACAGACACUGUAUGACCUGCAGUCUGGGAACUCCGGGGAGAAGGUCCAGAAGGUCAGCUUGGUAGACCUGGCGGGUAGCGAAAGAGUAUCUAAAACAGGAGCUGCAGGAGAGCGACUGAAAGAAGGCAGCAACAUUAACAAAUCUCUUACAACCUUGGGGUUGGUUAUAUCAUCACUGGCUGACCAGGCAGCUGGCAAGGGUAAAAACAAAUUUGUGCCUUACCGAGAUUCAGUCCUCACUUGGCUGCUUAAGGACAAUUUGGGGGGCAACAGCCAAACCUCUAUGAUAGCCACAAUCAGCCCAGCCGCAGACAACUAUGAAGAGACCCUCUCCACAUUAAGAUAUGCAGACCGAGCAAAAAGGAUUGUGAACCAUGCUGUUGUGAAUGAGGACCCCAACGCAAAAGUGAUCCGAGAACUGCGGGAGGAAGUCGAGAAACUGAGAGAGCAGCUCUCUCAGGCAGAGGCCAUGAAGGCCCCAGAACUGAAAGAGAAGCUCGAAGAGUCUGAAAAGCUGAUAAAAGAACUAACAGUGACUUGGGAAGAGAAGCUGAGGAAAACAGAAGAGAUCGCACAGGAAAGACAACGACAACUUGAAAGCAUGGGGAUUUCCCUGGAGAUGUCUGGUAUCAAGGUGGGGGAUGACAAAUGCUACUUAGUCAAUCUGAAUGCAGACCCUGCUCUUAACGAACUUCUGGUUUAUUAUCUAAAGGAUCACACCAGGGUGGGUGCAGAUACCUCUCAAGAUAUCCAGCUUUUUGGCAUAGGAAUUCAGCCUGAGCACUGUGAGAUUGACAUUGCGUCUGAUGGAGAUGUCACUCUUACUCCAAAAGAAAAUGCAAGGUCCUGUGUGAACGGCACCCUUGUGUGCAGUACCACCCAGCUGUGGCAUGGUGACCGAAUCCUAUGGGGAAAUAAUCACUUUUUUAGAAUAAACUUACCUAAGAGGAAACGUCGAGAUUGGUUGAAAGACUUUGAAAAAGAAACGGGUCCGCCGGAGCAUGACCUGGAUGCAGCCAGUGAGGCUUCCUCUGAACCAGACUAUAACUAUGAAUUUGCACAGAUGGAAGUUAUCAUGAAAACUCUGAAUAGUAAUGACCCAGUUCAAAACGUGGUUCAGGUCCUGGAGAAGCAAUACCUAGAAGAAAAGAGAAGUGCCCUGGAGGAGCAGCGGCUCAUGUAUGAGCGGGAAUUGGAGCAACUCCGCCAGCAGCUCUCCCCCGACAGGCAGCCACCGAGCAGCGGCCCUGACCGCCUGGCCUACAGCAGCCAGACAGCACAGCAGAAGGUGACCCAGUGGGCAGAAGAGAGGGACGAACUCUUCCGACAAAGCCUGGCAAAACUGCGAGAGCAGCUGGUUAAAGCUAACACCUUGGUGAGGGAAGCAAACUUCUUGGCUGAGGAAAUGAGCAAACUCACUGAUUACCAAGUGACUCUUCAGAUCCCUGCUGCAAACCUCAGUGCCAAUAGGAAGAGAGGUGCAAUAGUGAGUGAGCCAGCUAUCCAAGUGAGGAGGAAAGGAAAGAGCACCCAAGUGUGGACCAUCGAGAAGCUGGAGAAUAAAUUAAUUGAUAUGAGAGACCUUUACCAAGAAUGGAAGGAAAAAGUUCCUGAGGCAAAGAGACUCUGCGGGAAACGAGGUGACCCUUUCUAUGAAGCCCAAGAGAAUCACAACCUCAUCGGGGUGGCGAAUGUGUUCUUGGAAUGCCUCUUCUGCGAUGUGAAACUCCAGUAUGCAGUCCCUAUCAUCAGCCAGCAGGGGGAGGUUGCAGGGCGUCUCCACGUGGAAGUGAUGCGUGUUACAGGAGCUGUUCCAGAGCGUGUGGUGGAGGAUGACUCUUCGGAGAAUUCCAGUGAAAGUGGGAGCCUUGAAGUUGUAGACAGCAGCGGGGAAAUCAUUCACCGAGUCAAAAAACUGACAUGUCGGGUAAAAAUUAAAGAAGCAACGGGACUGCCCUUGAACCUCUCAAAUUUCGUCUUCUGUCAAUAUACAUUCUGGGACCAGUGUGAGUCUACGGUGGCUGCCCCAGUGGUAGACCCCGAGGUGCCUUCACCACAGUCCAAGGACGCCCAGUACACAGUGACCUUCUCCCACUGUAAGGACUAUGUGGUGAAUGUAACGGAAGAAUUUCUGGAGUUCAUUUCAGAUGGAGCACUGGCCAUUGAAGUGUGGGGCCACCGGUGUGCUGGAAAUGGCACCUCCAUCUGGGAGGUUGAUUCUCUUCAUGCUAAGACAAGAACACUGCAUGACAGGUGGAAUGAAGUAACGCGAAGAAUAGAAAUGUGGAUCUCCAUAUUAGAAUUGAAUGAGUUAGGGGAGUAUGCUGCCGUGGAACUUCAUCAGGCAAAAGAUGUCAACACAGGAGGCAUCUUUCAACUUAGACAGGGUCAUUCCCGUAGAGUGCAAGUCACGGUGAAACCUGUGCAGCAUUCAGGGACACUGCCGCUUAUGGUUGAAGCCAUCCUGUCGGUAUCCAUCGGUUGUGUGACUGCCAGGUCCACCAAACUCCAGAGAGGGCUGGACAGUUACCAGAGAGAUGAUGAGGAUGGUGAUGAUAUGGAUAGUUAUCAGGAAGAAGACUUAAACUGCGUAAGGGAGAGGUGGUCAGAUGCACUCAUUAAACGACGAGAAUACUUGGAUGAACAGAUAAAAAAAGUCAGCAAUAAAACAGAGAAAACAGACGACGAUGUGGAGCGGGAAGCCCAGCUUGUGGAGCAGUGGGUAGGGCUGACCGAGGAAAGGAAUGCUGUACUGGUGCCGGCCCCAGGCAGUGGGAUUCCUGGGGCACCUGCCGACUGGAUCCCACCUCCUGGAAUGGAAACCCACAUACCAGUUCUUUUCCUCGAUUUGAAUGCGGAUGACCUCAGUGCCAAUGAGCAGCUUGUCGGCCCCCAUGCGUCCGGCGUGAACUCCAUUCUGCCCAAGGAGCAUGGCAGCCAAUUUUUCUACCUGCCCAUCAUAAAGCACAGUGAUGAUGAGGUUUCAGCCACAGCCUCUUGGGAUUCCUCGGUGCAUGAUUCUGUUCACUUGAAUAGGGUCACACCACAGAAUGAAAGGAUUUACCUAAUUGUGAAAACCACAGUUCAACUCAGCCACCCUGCUGCUAUGGAGUUAGUAUUACGAAAACGGAUUGCAGCCAAUAUUUACAACAAACAGAGUUUCACGCAGAGUUUGAAGAGGAGAAUAUCCCUGAAAAAUAUUUUUUAUUCCUGUGGUGUAACCUAUGAAAUAGUAUCCAAUAUACCAAAGGCAACUGAGGAGAUAGAAGACCGGGAAACGCUGGCUCUCCUGGCAGCAAGGAGUGAAAACGAAGGCACGUCAGAUGGGGAGACGUACAUUGAGAAGUACACUCGAGGCGUGCUGCAGGUGGAAAACAUUCUGAGUCUUGAACGGCUCCGGCAGGCAAGUAACGUCUCUUCCAGCCGACCAGACCUUUCUGGCUUUGAUGAAGAUGAUAAGGGUUGGCCAGAGAACCAGUUGGACAUGUCUGACUACAGCUCCAGUUACCAAGAUGUAGCAUGUUAUGGAACUUUACCCAGGGAUUCUCCUCGAAGGAAUAAAGAAGGCAGUGGUUGUACAUCAGAGACUCCUCAUGCCUUAACUGUCAGCCCUUUUAAAGCAUUCUCUCCUCAGCCGCCAAAGUUUUUCAAGCCCCUGAUGCCUGUAAAAGAGGAGCAUAAGAAAAGGAUAGCCCUUGAAGCACGGCCUCUUCUAAGCCAGGAGAGCAUGCCUCCACCUCAGGCACAUAACCCUGGCUGCAUUGUACCCUCAGGAAGCAAUGGCAGCAGCAUGCCAGUAGAACACAAUAGCAAACGUGAGAAGAAGAUUGACUCUGAGGAGGAAGAAAAUGAGCUGGAAGCUAUUAAUAGGAAGCUAAUAAGUUCACAGCCUUAUGUACCUGUGGAGUUUGCUGACUUCAGUGUUUACAAUGCCAGCUUGGAGAACAGGGAAUGGUUUUCCUCUAAAGUAGAUCUGUCAAACUCACGGGUCUUGGAGAAAGAAGUGUCCCGUAGCCCUACCACCAGCAGUAUUACCAGUGGCUACUUUUCCCACAGUGCCUCCAAUGCCACCCUGUCUGACAUGGUGGUCCCUUCUAGUGACAGCUCAGACCAGCUGGCCAUUCAGACAAAGGAUGCAGACUCCACCGAGCACUCCACACCAUCGCUUGUGCAUGAUUUCAGGCCAUCCUCAAACAAAGAGUUGACAGAAGUCGAAAAAGGCUUGGUAAAGGACAAGAUAAUUAUGGUGCCACUCAAGGAAAACAGUGCCUUAGUCAAAGGGAGCCCAUCAUCCCAGAGCAUCCCUGAGAAAAACUCCAAAUCACUGUGCAGGGCUGGCUCAUGUUCAGAACUAGAUGGCUCAGUUCAGAACUGCCCCAGCAAAAUUAGCCAGCCAGCCAGGGGAUUCUGCCCCAGGGAGGUGACGGUAGAACACACCACCAGCAUCCUUGAAGACCAUUCUUUCACAGAAUUUAUGGGAGUGUCAGAGGGAAAAGAUUUUGAUGGUUUGACAGAUUCUUCUGCUGGAGAGCUUUCCAGUAGGAGGAACCUACCAAAUAAAACAGGCAGCAAGACUGUCUCCGAUGGGCUCCACCACCCCAGCCAGCUGCAUUCCAAGUUAGAGAAUGACCAGGUAAUAAUUUCAGAGGCAGCCCUUUGGGUUAUGUGCUGUCGAUGAGUAUGUCUAACUGUAUGCCAACCCCAGAGGCCCUUCACCACAGCAACUUGGUAGGAAAUAUUCAUCCAGAUGUUUCUGACAGCAAAGAUGAGCCCACAAAGAAGCAGGCUCACUUCCUGCACAGCUGUCUCUGUCGGAGAGCAAGUCUGUUUUGGGAACUAGAAUGCAACUGUGAAAUUAUAGGACCAGUGGAUUUUCUUUACCUGGUAUAUGGGUUGGUAUUGAAUUAAGUGUUAAGAUGGAUAAGGAUCAAUCUCAUAUUCGUUCCCUGAGAUGUUUAGUUACCAGCUUUCCCAAAGUAUUCUGGUAGCAUCUACCAUAUUUCAUCAGAUCUGUGAUUCCUUUGAUUGUUAUAUGAUCCAUUAUUUUUUGUAUCAUUAAGAAAAAAUACUGCCAGGUAAACUUUAUCAUAUCAACA